CCACUCCCCAUUCACAAUGUCGAGCAGCAACACCCAGGCGCCCCUCCCCUUCGCGUACCAGUUCGUCGCUGGUGCCGUCGCCGGUGUGUCGGAGAUUCUGGUUAUGUACCCAUUGGAUGUUGUCAAGACCCGAGUUCAACUGCAGCAAGGCGCUGGCGCUGCCGGUGAGGAAGGAUACAAUGGCAUGUUCGACUGCUUCCGCAAGAUCAUCCGCAAUGAAGGUGCCUCCCGUCUCUACCGUGGUAUCUCCGCCCCCAUCCUCAUGGAAGCGCCCAAGCGUGCGACCAAAUUCGCCGCCAACGACUCCUGGGGCUCCUUCUACCGCAACCUCUUCGGCGUCCAGAAGCAGAACCAGUCUCUCGCCAUCCUAACCGGUGCCACCGCCGGGGCAACCGAAUCCUUCGUCGUCGUCCCCUUCGAACUCGUCAAAAUCCGUCUGCAAGACCGCGCCUCCGCCGGGAAAUACAACGGCAUGCUCGACGUCGUCCGCAAGAUCGUCGCCGCCGAGGGUCCCCUCGCCCUUUACAACGGCCUCGAGAGCACACUGUGGCGCCACAUCCUCUGGAACUCCGGCUACUUCGGCUGUAUCUUCCAAGUGCGCGCGCAGAUGCCGACGCCCGAGCCAGGCAACAAGGCCCAGCAGACACGUAACGACCUGAUCGCGGGUUCCAUCGGAGGAACGGCCGGUACGCUCCUCAACACGCCCAUGGAUGUCGUCAAGUCGCGCAUCCAGAACAGCCCCAAGGUCGCGGGCCAGACGCCCAAGUACAACUGGGCCUGGCCUGCUGUGGGCACCGUCAUGAAGGAGGAAGGGUUCGCGGCGCUGUACAAGGGCUUCACGCCCAAGGUCCUCCGACUGGGUCCUGGCGGUGGUAUCCUGCUCGUUGUGUUUACGGGAGUCAUGGACUUCUUUAGGAAGAUGAGGGGGGAGGCUGUCUAGAUUAGAUCUACUACCUGUUCUGUCUGUUCUGUUUAUCUAACUAAAAAAAACUUGGGUUCCGUUCUUUCUUCAAUUCUCUUCAUCUGCGCAGGGCUUUGGAUUUGCAUGGUUCAUAGAUUGUGCCAUAGAAAAGAUACGCAAUUUCAUAUCUUGUAUAUGGAUAUAUGUAUGUUUUCAUCCUGAGUUACGAUUCGGAAUAAGUAUCUUCUCCACCGUCUCCUCCAAGAGCAGUUGGUUGGGAAGCAAUGAAGGACUAACUUAGCUACACUCACAUCCAUAAAAUCAAGAUUAAAUCAAAUACAGUAAUCAAUCAAUCACGUCCGCAUAAUGCGGACCAAGCCAUGCAGCGCUGUAUGAAUAUUCAAGACUAAUAUAACAUCACACGUAUUCCGAGAUACCGAGCAAGAGCGAGG